GCCCCUCCAAACUUUCAGAAGCUUCCCAUUCUCAAUAUUAUUAGCAGGCCCAUCAUCAUUAAUACCAACAGUAUACCUCCCAAUUAUACAAAUCAAUUGACCCUUCAUAUCCAACAAGAUGUUUAAGAAAGAAAUAUCAACAGCCCCCAAAUCCAAACUGAAGUCCUCAGUCCAACGCGGUCUUCGCCAAUCCUUACUAUCGACAUAUCCCCUCCUAACACCCCAUGCCGAGGAAAUCAUCCCCAAAAAGGGCUCCCUCGAGGCUAUGAAAUUGCCAGAUCGUUGUACACUCUACGUUCUUGACGCGCAGCCACUGUUUUUUCAACAUGAUACUUCGUCUACGCUACUCCCGCAUCUGCGGUUGGUGCAUAGGUUUCCGGAUGCGUUUCCGAGUAUACGGAUAGACCGCGGCGCGAUUCGGUUCGUGCUUUCGGGCGCUACGCUUAUGGCGCCGGGGUUGACGAGUGUGGGGGGACGGUUGCCGAGUGGGGUGUUCGUUGGGGAGAGUGGGAGUGAAGUACCUGAGGGAGGUGUGAAGGAGGGGUUGGAUGAGGAGGAGAGGUGGACGAGGGAGUUGGAGAAGGGUGAGCCGGUUGUUGUUAGGGCUGAGGGCAAGACGGAGGCUUGUGCUGUGGGCUUCCUGGUUAUGGGGACUAAGGAGGUUAAGGAGAAGGGGAAGGGUCCGGUUAUUGAGGAUGCGCAUUAUUUGGGUGAUGGGUUGUGGAGGUUGACUACGGAUUAAGGCGUACUGGAGUAGUUCGUGUUUUAGCGACAGUGAGACGGAUCACAAUGCCGGCGGUAUCCGGCUACAGGCUGGGUAGACUACUUCGUUCAGGAGGACCCUUACGCUGGCAUGAGACACGAUGGCACUUUCAUAGCACAUCACAGGCAUCAUAGGAGAAUUCCUUAAUGGCGGAACACCAGACGAAAUUGCUAGGAAUUGACGAUGAAUAAAGGACAAUUCUGCGCAAAUAACUAGGUUGUUGUGGACUUUAUGGCCUUGGACUUAGAGUAACCUCAAUAUCUACCUAUAUUCAAUGAGAUACGUGCUGAAAA